ACCUGUGAGGUUGAGGCAGCGAGGGAAGCACUGGUCAAGAAGGGAACCAACACAGAAUUGGGGUCGAAAGCUGAUUCCAGAGUCCUGGAAAGAAACAGUAGAAAACACAGGGGUUUGGGGGUGGGGCGCGGAAGAGGGCACAGGUGUUGCUCAUUCUACAGUGAGAGUUGUCUCAGAAGAUGGAAUCACCUUCAGCACAUGCGGUCUCCCUGCCAGAGGAUGAGGAGCUCCAGCCCUGGGGAGGCGCUGGAGGACCUGGUCAGCACCCAGGAAGACCGAGGUCAACAGAGUGUGCCCACCCUGGGGUUGUGGAGAAGGUGCGGCCAAAGUGGGACAACCCCCUGCAGUUCCUACUUGUCUGUAUCUCCUAUGCUGUGGGCCUGGGCAAUGUAUGGCGCUUCCCCUACCUGUGCCAGAUGUAUGGCGGAGAUUGAGAGACAGAAGCACUCAGGAGGGAUGUUCAAAGGAUUUAGCAACUUGGUGGUCUGGCCUUACCCAGCCCUUAAAGUGCUGCAAGAGAAGAUUGGUGCUAGUAAGAUGACUCAGUGGGUAAAGGGAGUUUCCUGGUCCCCUACAUCAUCAUGCUCAUUGUGGAGGGGAUGCCACUCCUGUACCUGGAGCUGGCCGUGGGACAGCGCAUGCGGCAGGGCAGCAUUGGUGCCUGGAGGACCAUCAGCCCCUACCUCAGUGGUGUCGGCAUUGCUAGCUUGGUGGUCUCGUUUUUGGCCUCUGUGUACUUCAAUGUCAUCAACACCUGGGCUCUUUGGUACCUCUUCCACUCCUUCCAGGAUCCCCUGCCGUGGUCUGUCUGCCCACUGAAUAGUAAUCACACAGGCUACGAUGAGGAGUGUGAGAAGGCUUCGUCGACACAGUACUUCUGGUACAGGAAAACACUCAACAUCUCACCGUCCAUCCAGGAGAAUGGAGGAGUGCAGUGGGAGCCAGCGCUGUGCCUCACCCUGGCCUGGCUGAUGGUCUAUCUGUGCAUCCUGAGAGGCACCGAAUCUACUGGCAAGGUGGUCUAUUUCACCACGUCACUGCCUUACUUUGUGCUCAUCAUCUACCUGGUCCGGGGCCUCACACUCCAUGGAGCCACCAAUGGCCUGGCAUACAUGUUCACACCUAAGAUUGAGCAGCUAGCCAACCCCAAGGCCUGGAUCAAUGCAGCCACGCAGAUCUUCUUCUCACUGGGCUUAGGGUGUGGUGGCCUGAUUGCUUUUGCCAGCUACAACGAACCCUCCAACGACUGCCAGAAGCAUGCCCUCAUUGUGUCUGUCAUCAAUAGUACUACUGCCAUAUUUUCCAGUAUUGUCACCUUCUCCAUCUAUGGCUUCAAGGCCACCUUCAACUAUGAAAACUGCUUAAACAAGGUGAUUCUGCUGCUGACCAAUUCUUUUGACCUUGAAGAUGGCUUUCUGACAGUCAGCAACCUGGAGGAGGUGAAGAACUACCUGGCAUCUACUUACCCAAACAAGUACAGUGAAGUGUUCCCACACAUUAGAAACUGCAGCUUGGAAUCAGAGCUGGACACGGCUGUCCAGGGCACAGGCCUGGCCUUCAUCGUCUACACUGAGGCCAUUAAAAACAUGGAAGUUUCCCAGCUCUGGUCAGUGCUCUACUUCUUCAUGUUGCUAACACUGGGUAUGGGAAGCAUGGUGGGGACAGGAACGGCCAUCCUCACCCCUCUGACUGACAGCAAGAUCAUCUCCAGCUACCUGCCCAAGGAGGCCAUUUCAGGUUUGGUAUGCCUCCUCAACUGUGCCAUUGGCAUGGUGUUCACCAUGGAGGCUGGGAACUACUGGUUUGACCUAUUCAAUGACUAUACAGCCACGCUGUCUCUGCUGCUCAUUGUGCUGGUAGAGACCAUAGCUGUGUGCUAUGUGUAUGGGCUAAAGAGAUUUGAAAGUGACCUUCGGGCCAUGACUGGCCGCACCCUCAGCUGGUACUGGAAGGUCAUGUGGGCGUUUGUGAGUCCACUGCUCAUCGUCGGCCUCUUUAUCUUCUACCUGAGUGACUACAUCCUCACGGGAACGCUGCAGUACCAAGCCUGGGAUGCUACUCAGGGCCACGUGGUGACUAAGGAUUAUCCUACAUACGCACUAGCUGUCAUUGGGCUUCUGGUAGCCUCCUCCACCAUGUGCAUCCCUCUGGUAGCCCUGGGGACUUUUGUCACACGCCACUUCAAGAUCAGAGAACAGUUUUCUGCAGCCUGAGAACUGGAGGUCCCACAGACUUCCUGUCAGUCACUGUUUCACAGCCACUCCCUAUAUAUCCAGCAGUGGGAGGUCUACAGCUGCUUUUUAAAGCCACAAGUAUUUUCUGCUUCCUGAAUCUGCAAGGAAAAUUAAAUUCUCUGUAUUAAAUUGUAGGCUGACAGAAACCUAACUCUGACCAUAAAUGCUGAGGCUUUUACCCUUUUGUUUUUGUUUUCAAGACAGGGUUUCUCUGUGUAGCCCUGGCUGUCCUGGAACUCACUCUGUAGAUCAGACUGACGUUGAACUCAGAUCUACGUGCAUCCCAAGUGCUGGGAAUAAAGGUGUGCACCACCACUUCCCAACAGCUUUUAUUCCUCCUCUUCCAUGACGUAUACUUUUGUUGUUAAAAUUUAUACCAUUUGUAUUAUAUAGCUCAUAAUAGAUAUAAUUUUUGAUCAUUUUGAUCUUUAGCUCUCAUUCUUUACACACCACUACUACAGUCAUGAUAUGCUAGACCACAAAUUUACCUCUAACAUUGCUUUUUUUGGUUGAGGUAGAGUCUUGGUAUAUAUGGACCUCAGGUUGGUCUGGACCUAUGCAUUCCAGGUUAGGCUAGAAUCUGUGAUCUUCUAGCCAUAGCCUCCCCAUACUAGCACAACAGGUCAUGUGCCACCAGGCCAGGUAUAUACGUUUUAGAACAUUAAUUAUCCUUUUGUUUUUGUUUAAACCAUUCCUUUGCAGAGGGGGUGGGUAAAUGGGGAGGGAGCAGCCGAUGCCAGCCUGGGUUCAAACACUCUCUUACUUCACCCAUCCAGUAUUUCUUGAAGCAUAUUGUAUUCUUGACUGACAGGUUUCUUUCUUUUAGUAGUCUGAAUGUACAGAUAAAUCCAUUUUUUACAAUCUAAUGGAUAUUCCUUUAUAUGUGACUAGACUCUUGCUAAUAGAGAAGGGGAAAAUGAGCUGUAGACCAAACAAUACAAAAUAGAGAUGUGGGGGAAAAACCUGGAGUGCUAUAUGCAACACAAAACUGUUAGGAUUUUUUUUAACUAAAUCUGAUUUUACUAUUAAGAACAACUGUGUGGGAUGACGUAGUAAUGCCCUGGUAUACUACACAUUUAUUACGUAACUUCUUAUAACUAUGUUGUGAACCUCAAAUACAAUACAUUUUAUUAAAAAUUAAGUGUGGAA